AUGACUGUAGGUCCCCAACUCAGCAGUCAGGCAAAGACUUUAGAAGACUGCUGCAGCCCGUCCAACUUUAGGUGGUGGGAUUCCCCUCCCGGUGGGGUUCUAGUGAUGGAGAAGCCUGAUGAUGAGGAGUCACCUGGUGGGGUUCUAGUGAUGGAGAAGCCUGAUGAUGAGGAGUCACCUGGUGGGGUUAUAGUGAUGGAGAAGCCUGAUGAUGAGGAGUCACCAGGUGGGGUUCUAGUGAUUGAGAAGCCUGAUGAUGAGGAGUCACCUGGUGGGGUUCUAGUGAUGGAGAAGCCUGAUGAUGAGGAGUCACCUGGUGGGGUUCUAGUCAUGGAGAAGCCUGAUGAUGAGUCACCUGGUGGGGUUAUAGAGGUGGAGAGGCCUGAUGAUGAGGAGUCACCUGGUGGGGUUAUAGAGGUGGAGAGGUCAGAUGAUGAGGAGUCACCUGGUGGGGAUGAAGAGGUGGAGAGGCCUGAUGAUGAGGAGUCACCUGGUGGGGUUAUAGAGGUGGAGAGGCCUGAUGAUGAGGAGUCACCUGGUGGGGUUAUAGAGGUGGAGAGGCCUGAUGAUGAGGAGUCACCUGGUGGGGUUAUAGAGGUGGAGAGGCCUGAUGAUGAGGAGUCACCUGGUGGGAUUAUAGAGGUGGAGAGGCCUGAUGAUGAGGAGUCACCUGGUGGGGUUAUAGAGGUGGAGAGGCCUGAUGAUGAGGAGUCACCUGGUGGGAUUAUAGAGGUGGAGAGGCCUGAUGUUGAUGAGUCACCUGGUGGGAUUAUAGAGGUGGAGAGGCCUGAUGAUGAGGAGUCACCUGGUGGGAUUAUAGAGGUGGAGAGGCCUGAUGAUGAGGAGUCACCUGGUGGGGUUAUAGAGGUGGAGAGGCCUGAUGAUGAGGAGUCACCUGGUGCGACAGGUGGUGAAUGGGGUGACAGAGACACCACACCUGUUCAGAACAUUCACACUCCUGAUGACAUGGCAGCACUGGGAGCACCAGGAGCCAAUCUACAGGGUGUCAUGUUCAAUCAACCACAGCAACAGCAGUCAAUGCAACAAGCAGCGCAUCAACAGAUACAGCAGCAGUUCAGCCAUCUACAGGAAGUGAAGAAGGGAAAGACAAAGCAACUGUGUGUUGUGACCCCUCUGCCAGCAGCAAACCCAGACACUUUGACAAGACCAGCUCCUCAGUCACCAGACCCAGCAGAGGAGGUGUUAGGUGAACACCUUGACAAGAAGGAGGAGGCAGAAGAGGAGGUAUCAGCUGAACACCUUGACAAGAAGGAGGAGGCAGAAGAGGAGGUAUCAGCUGAACACCUUGACACGAAGGAGGAGGCAGAAGAGGAGGUAUCAGCUGAACACCUUGACAAGAAGGAGGAGGCAGAAGAGGAGGUAUCAGCUGAACACCUUGACAAGAAGGAGGAGGCAGAAGAGGAGGUAUUAGCUGAACACCUUGACAAGAAGGAGGAGGCAGAAGAGGAGGUAUCAGCUGAACACCUUGACAAGAAGGAGGAGGCAGAGAUGAAAUGGGAAGAGGUCCAACAGCCUUUGUCCAAAGCCAAUGAUGAGACAAAACCAGAGACAAAUGGCUAUUCAGGAGGAAACAGAGAAACAACCAAAGGUCCAGCCGAGGUGUUAGGUGAACUCGUUGUCAAGAAGGAUGAGGCAUAUUGGCCCGACCCAGAGAUUUCAGCCCCAUCCAUUUCCAAUCCAGAGAUGGGUUUGAAAGAAAUUACUCACCAGGGAGAACAGGGAGAACAAAAGAAAUGUGAAGAGGAAGAACCACUGUCACAAGCCAUUGAUGAGUCAAAACCAGAAGAAGGUUCCUCAAGAGAAAACAUGAAAACAACCCAAGUUAUCCCUGCUCCAGACCAGCUGACAGUUGACUCAGUGGACACCACAUCAGCUAUAGUUAGCUGGAGCCAGCCGCCAGGAUUGGACCAAACCCAACAUCAUUACCAGAUCUCCUACCACUGUCCAGGGACAGAACCACACAUCACCACCACAUCUUCACCCAGCAUCACUCUCUCUGACCUGCAAUGUGAUACUCAAUACUCUGUCACUGUCUGUGCUGUACUGGAGAAUGGAAAGCAAAGUCAACUAGUGUCAACAACCCUCACCACAGAUUCCACUUGGCUUUGGAUAUUGUGGCUUAUAUGGACUACUGUCUGUUCCUUCCUGCCCUUUAUAGGCCAGCAGUCAGUACCUCCUGCUCCAGACCAGCUGACUGUUGACUCAGUGGACACCACAUCAGCUGCUGUUAGCUGGAUCCAGCCACCAGGAUUGGACCAAACCCAACAUCAUUACCAGAUCUCCUACCACUGUCCAGGGACAGAACCACACAUCACUACCACAUAUUCACACAGCAUCACUCUCUCUGAGCUGCAAGGUGGUACUCAGUACUCUGUCACUGUCUGCACUGUGCUGGAGAAUGGAAAGCAAAGUCAACUGGUGUCAACAACCCUCAUCACAAAUACGCAGCGACGCCAUGAUGGGUUUGGAUCUCCAAUGGAUGACACAUCACGAGUACUUCCUGUUCCAGACCAGCUGACUGUUGACUCAGUGGACACCACAUCAGCUGCUGUUAGCUGGAUCCAGCCACCAGGAUUGGACCAAACCCAACAUCAUUACCAGAUCUCCUACCAGUGUCCAGGGACAGAACCACACAUCACUACCACAUCUACACACAGCAUCACUCUCUCUGACCUGCAAGGUGGUACUCAGUACUCUGUCACUGUCUGCACUGUGCUGGAAAAUGGAAAGCAAAGUCAACUGGUGUCAACAACCCUCACCACAGGUAAGGAAGUACCCUACUUAAGUAUUGUCUGGGAGAAAACUGUUUGAAUCAACUACAGUGGGGCAAAAAAGUAUUUAGUCAGCCACCAAUUGUGCACUUAAAAAGAUGAGAGAGGCCUGUAAUUUUCAUCGUAG